GCAGGCUAGUUCACUGACUGAAGUUGUUUUAAGGUAAAACGUUUCACAUGUUUGUGUAUACAAAAAUAAAAACUUACUUUUACAGCUAAGUGCAUGUUAUCUGUUACUUUAAACCGCGGCAGUUGAGUUGUAGUUUGUUGCUAACUAGCUAAAGUCGGAUUUUGCUUUAAUAAAGCAGUGUGAAGCGGUAUGUUACAAUAAAACCUAUACCUGUUUCAGGUGUUCAGGCUUCGGUCGCUGACACAGAAAUUAACAUGGACUCAGAUUAUAUAAAAAGACAUCUGGGGAGCUGCCUGGCAGAAGGACUUGCUGAAGUCGCAGAGGAACGCCCGGUGGACCCCAUCCUGUAUUUAGCCCACUGGCUUUACAAAUACAAUGCAAAUGUUGAAUACGAGGCCCAGCAAAAGGCUACACUGGCUGUUCUGGAGCAGGAGCAGGCAAAAGCCAAAGAAGAAGCAUUGCACCAGGAAAAGCUAAAGGAGGAGCAGAAAAUGAUUAAUGAGCCUCUGGAAGAGUCUAUAAAGCUACCAGGGGAGACAUCUGCAGGGUCUGAAGCACAAGCUGCACAAUCCACAACAGAAAAUGCUGAAGACAGCAAACCUGUGGAUGCUGAGAAACCAGUCACCCCUAAUCCAGAAAACCAGCAGGACAUAAAUACACCCCAGACUGAUGCUCAAGAAAAUGACACUGAAAAGGAGGCGAAUGCACCAGAUAAUGUAAAGAAUCCAGAGUCCCCUGAGAUAAACCCUGUGGAGGCCAGCUCUGACCCCACUGAGACCCCCGGAGCUGAGGUCAAAGAAGAGUCUAGAGAAAUGCCUAUGGAUAAAAAAGAGGAGGAGGAACUAAAAAGUAUUCAAGAAGAGGAACAAACAGAGGUGGGACAAAGUGACAAUCCGCCAGAAGAGAAAACCAAGGAGGAAAUAAGCAGCAAUCAAACAGAAGUACGAGAAGCAGACAAAGAUGACGAUAAGGCUGGAACAGAUAAACAUGAGGAAACUGAUCCAUUGCAGUCAAAUUCCAAAUCAAACAAAACAGAAGAGCCACAAGAGGAAAGCCAAAACCCUCAAUCUCCUCCGCCUGAAGAUACAAAGGAUGAAGUUACUGACUCUGACAAGCAGAUAACAGAUUCCACCCAAGCAGAACCAACCUCUGACCCUCAAAGUGAUGUUCUCAAACCAGAGGAGAUGUUCUCUGCAGACGAGAAACAAAAGUCCAGUUCCCCUCUGCAGGACUUGGAAAAGGAGGAUGACAGACAACAUGUAAGUGAGAAGACAGAUAAAAUAGCUCCAGCAGCCGAGGAUACUGCGUCGAGCAACAUACAAAUACCAUCACAUGGAGAAGCUGAAAACACUCCUUCUCUUAAGGAUGACACAGAGAAGAAGGAGGACGAGGGACAACACAUAACUGAGACAACUGGUAACACAGCUUCAGCAGCUGAGGACACUGAGUCGACCAACGUACAAGUGACAUCACAUGGAGAAGCUGAAAACACUACUUCUGUCAAGGAAGACACAGAGAAGAAGGAGAACGACGAACAAGACACAAGUGAGACAUCUGAUAACAUGGCUCUAGCAGCCGAGGACACUGUGUCGACCAACGUACAAGUUACAUCGUAUGGAGAAACUGAAAAUACUCCUUCUGUCAAUGAUGACACAGAGAAGAAGGAGGAUGAUGAACAACACACAACUGAUAACACAGAUCCAGCAGCUGAAGACACUGAGUCAAGCAACAUGCAAGUGACAUCACAUGGAGAAGCUGAGAACACUCCUUUUGUCAAGGAAGACACAGAGAAGAAGGGGGAUGAUGAACAUCACACUGAGACCACUGAUAACAUGGCUCCAACAGCUGAGGACACUGUGUCAAGUAACAUAGAAAUAUCAUCACAUGAACAGGCUGAAAGCUCUCCUUCUGUUAAAGAUGACACAGAGAAAAAGGCAGAUGAAAAAGAAGAACACUGAGUCAUCAUUUACAUGGGUUUGAAUAUAUUGUUUUUAGGGUAGUUUCACUGGAAAGACUGACUUCAGUAGCUUCAAUCACAGGUUCACAUUUUAAAUAGUAUAAUAUCUCCAUGCAAAUGUGAGUUAAAUAUUAAAUUGGUUCUUAUUUGUUCUUUUUACAUUUCUCACUUGUGCUUAAAUUUAAAUGUUUUUUUCAUUAAACCUUUUUGUGUGACGUAAAUGAAUUUCAGCUGUAAUAAAUACUCUAUAAAGUCCGUUUGAGAAAGUCCUGCCCUAUGCUCUAUUCUGGCAUUUCCUAAUAUACUGAUGCAAUAACAUAUAAUAAUGACAG